AUGUCUUCACAAGGAGAGUUGUCUACAGCAGAAUUGGAAUCCUCGCUUAAGGAGAAUGAGAAUUCUUUGACUGAAAUCAAUGAACUUUUGGUUUUAAGUCCAGAAGAACCUGAACUCGUUAAUCUUGCCGAAGUGCUACAAAAUUUAAUAAAGUUACAACGUGAACAGCUUCUGCAACUGAAGAAAAAUGAUUUACUUGCACUUAUUGGAUGUUCAGCUGAACCGUCAAAUAAUGAAAUGGGAGACAUGUCGAAUUCUUCAGAAAUUUCAGUGACACUCGACGGAGGAAAUCCCAUUAAUUCCAGUGCAGUCUUAAGUGAUUUUCAAGUUGGCGAAAAAUGCUGCAUACCAUUUACCCACCCAGAGUACCAGAAAGUAUACUUCCUUCCCGGUUUGAUACAAAAUAUCAAUUAUGAUGGAAAUACUUGUAAUAUUCUGAUUUUGACACCCAUCACACCGUCUACACGAGUCUGCAAGAGAUAUCUAUCAAAUAAAUGUGCAGGAAUUUGUCCACAAGGGCGUUCUCACGGAGAAGAAAUUUCUUCGGAAUUUGUUGUUCCAUACGAAAUCUUGCAUAUCGGUCAAAUUGAUGCAUAUAAAGUCGGACGAAAUUUUUGGGCAAAGUACAAAGAUGAAGUUUGGUAUUUAGCAAAACUCAUUGGUCUCGAAUCUAAGGGCUCGGGUUUCCGAGUGAUAUAUAAAGGAUACGAAAACGAAAACCCAAAUGGGAUAGUAGUUGGACCCGAUGAAAUAAUACCGGUUCAAUCACUUGAUGAUGACGAAGGAGGCAAAGAAGAAAUUUUCUCCGAGGAUAAGUCGGAAAGCGACUACUCUAAUGAUGAAAGUGAUAGUUUUAGCGACGACUUUGUGCCAAGUGAUACCCCGCCUCUUUCGGGAACAGAGACGGGAUUUGGUCGAGUGUCAUUGGAAACAUUUAAUAACCAAGACAAGGAUAAUAGUAAUUUUGCAGAAUGGGAGAAACAUACAACAGGAGUUGCUAGUCGAAUGAUGGCAAAGAUGGGCUAUAAGAUGGGUGAAGGAUUAGGUAAGAACGGUGAGGGUAUUAUAGACCCAAUUGAAGUCAAAAUUUUUUCCCAAGGUGUAUCCUUGGACUACAUUGACGAAUCAGAUAAAAUUGGGUCACAUCGACAUCGUCGUCACAAACGCGGGACUGAAGUUCAGUCAAAGAGACCCAGGCGUCGCAAACGUAUUGGUUCCGACACUAGAACUUCCUCGAAAAGUGAUGUUGCUGUUGAAUCGCAGACGAAUGUUUUCGAUUUUCUGAACGCCUCUCUUAAUAAGGGAGGAAGCGGAAUAUGUGAUACGAACAAUAUCAAAGUAUCAUCUUUGUCUUCUUCGAAUGAGUCAUCAAAUUCCACAGUAAACGGAUUGAAACGUGACCGUAGACCCGCGGAGACCAAUCAUAACCUAGCGUUAUAUCAGAUACAACAACAAUUAAAUCAAACACAACGAGAACUUCAGAAGGCCAAAGAAUCUUUGCAGAGAAAUGAAAAGAAAGAUCCAACUAUGGCUAAACAUUUUCGAGAAAAAGUUAAUCAAAUGGAGGCAACUCAUCACGCAUUGAAGAAAAAGGAGAUGGAAAUUCAAAACGGUAUAAGUAAAGAAAAAGGACGAAAAAAGAUGAUCGUGUUUUGA